CACACAUUUGUGAAAAACAUAUUAAGCUUUUUAAACUCUCUCUUUCUUCUAUGAUCAUUUGAUCAUUCUCUUCUUUUUCUUCUUCAACCAUAACGUAAAACGAGUGAAAGAUGAUAUGCGAGGAGGCAUAUCAUCAUCAGCAACCGCAAGUACAAAAGGAACAAAUGAUGAUGAUGGAUCAACGUAAUACUAAUCAUCAUCAACGGAAGAGAUCACCAUUAUCGUCACCAUCAUCUCCAUCAUCACCUAGAUCACCAUCGUUCAAUAACAUUAUUGAUAAUGAGGAAGAGAGGCUAGAGGUUGUGAAUCUGAGUGGGAUGGCAUUGGAGUCUCUACCCAAUCCUUCACUCAAUUUAGCUCAGAUUUGCAAGCUUGAUCUCUCCAACAAUAAUCUCCAGACGAUACCAGAAUCACUAACAGCGAGACUACUCAACUUGAUAGCAUUAGAUGUUCACUCGAAUCAGAUCAAAGCUCUGCCAAACUCCAUUGGUUGUCUCUCUAAGCUCAAGACUCUCAAUGUUUCCGGCAACUUUCUUGUUUCCCUCCCCAAAUCUAUCCAACAUUGCAGGUCUUUGGACGAACUAAAUGCAAACUUCAACAAACUCAUCAGACUACCGGACUCCAUUGGAUUUGAACUCACCAAUCUAAGGAAGCUCUCUGUCAACUCCAACAAGCUCAUUAGCCUCCCAGUCUCCAUUACUCACCUCACCUCUCUCCGUGUCCUCGACGCCCGUCUCAACUGCCUCAUGAUUCUACCGGACGAUCUCGAGAAUCUCAUCAACCUCGAGAUCCUCAAUGUCAGCCAGAAUUUCCAGUACCUCUCCGCUCUCCCAUCUUCCAUUGGCCUUUUAAUGAACCUCAUUGAGCUCGAUGUUAGCUACAACAAGAUCACUGCCUUGCCUGAGUCCAUUGGCUGCAUGAGACGGUUAAGGAAACUGAGUGUUGAAGGAAACCCGCUUGUGUCCCCACCCGUCGAGGUGAUGGAGCAGAAUUUGCAGGUGGUCAGAGAGUAUCUGACACAGAAGAUGAACGGUGGCUCACCAAAGAGUCCCGGCAAAAAGAAGUCGUGGGGAUUAGGCAAAUUGGUGAAGUAUGGGACGUUCAAUGGCGGAUCAAGAAGCUGGAACAGAGAGGAGAGAGAAGGGUUCAUCAUGCCUGAGUACCGUUCCAUUGACAGUCUUGCUUCGCCUAGGUAUUCUGGAAUGUUCUCUCCCCGUCGUCUGUUUUCUCCAAAAACCUACUUCAGCAGAUAGGAGAGACAACAACCAAGAGUUUCCAUAUUCCUACAAGCUAUGCACAACUGUAGUAUCAAGGCCAAGCUUAUUAGCAUCAUAAAAUGUAUAAAGAGUAUCUCAAUAUGUUCCUCAGAUUCUAGAAUUCUUGUUUUUUUUUUCCAAUUAUUCAUGCUUGCACCAGGUUCCUGUUUCUAUACACCAAAUUUUGUUUAUGAAUAAAGUGUCUUCUUUCAGAAAAUCUAUCCCCUUCUCUUCCUGAUUCUUUAGACAUAUUAGCAAAAGAUCCUGACAAAGAAAGCAAUUCCAAAAAAGCAGAAAUUUAAAGCUAACACACAGGGCGUCACAUUAUUUAGUUGGCUAGAACUCUCAGUUAUAUCCCAUACUCGGACAAUCACAGUCUAGUUAGAUGAGCGAAACUAUGUAUUUCACAUACCAAAGUAUCAACACUUAAUUCGUAGCCAAAGGAGAAUAUUUUCACUUUCCGACUCUUAAUUCCUCUGCUAUAGCUAAUAUAUGCCUGUUUAAAGAUUGAAACAAGACAAACAAAUUCACUUAAAGAUCCAAACUUUCCUAUUUGCCACUAUAUUAUUCCUACACAGAAAUGCACAAAGAUGCCAAAAGAACUCGAUAGAACCGUUACUAAGACUUUGAUUCAAAUCCAAA